UGAAAGCCACCAAGGUAACGGCAGGAGAGGAGGCAAGACAUUACUGAAAGGGCUGGGUCAGGCAGGUGAGACACAGGUAAGAUCAGGAAGAGACCUACACACAAGCUAAACCACUCCGCAUGUGCCAACACCAGCAGGUAAUACUCUGCCACCUGUGUCACAUAGAAUUCGUUAUUUAGUGACACCCCCUUGGAUCAUCAUGAAAGGUGACACCGUUUCAAGCUAAUAGUCAGACGUCCUCAUGAGAACAAUUCACACAAGGUAAGAAGACACCUGCUAGCAGUCACUGGAAGCUUUCACCAGAGACACAGCAAGGCAGUGCAGGGGGGCAACUCUUCUGGACGCAGAUUAUAUCGCAUUUAUUUUUAAUUUGGGAAUAUUUCAUGGAGGAAAAUCAGCAAUGACCACCCAUCCAUCAAGAACAUCCAGGAAUCUCAACAGCAGCAGGAGAGAUUGUAUGCUGAAGCCACGCUGCAGAAACGGAUGUACAGAAAGCGGGCGACCAAGAUGUGGGGUCGCCCGCUACCUUUGAAGAAGUUGCAAAAAAACUUUUGGCUGUUACUGCUGUUUGCCAUUCUUCUCCUAGGGAUCUGGACGGUUUAUCUGCAGCUGGAGACGUAUUCCAAUGGAAACCCGAUAAAUCGAAGAUACAGCAGCUGGAGGGAACUGGGCAAAGCACUGGCACACAGUAAUAUACCAGCUGUGGACCCGAAUCUGCAGUUCUACCAACCGGAGAGACAGCUGGAGCUUCAAGACACCACAUCCUGGAAUCUUUCUGUGCCCUGGAAGCCAGAGUUUGCUGGACACGUAAAUCUCCACAUAUUUGAAGACUGGUGUGGAAGCAGCAUCCAGCAACUCCGCCGCAAUCUGCACUUUCCUCUUUUCCCUCAUAUUCGCACAACAGUCAAUAAACUUGCAAUAACUCCACAAUGGACCAACUAUGGGCUCCGCAUGUUUGGUUACCUCCACCCAGCUUCAGACGGUGAAUUCCAGUUUGCGGUAUCUUCAGAUGACAACUCAGAGUUCUGGCUCAGUGAUGAUCAGUCGGUGGCAAAGCUGCGGCUCCUGUGUAGAGUAGGACCGGCAGGGAAGCAGUGGACUGCCCCGGGAGAGUAUGAGAAAUUUCAAGGUCAAAUCUCCACACUAGUCAGGUUGUCAACCUCCAGGCGAUAUUACUUUGAACUGUUACACAAACAGGAUGACAUAGGGACAGACCAUGUGGAAUUGGCGUGGCGACAGCCUUCGGUUGGCUCUCAGUUCACACUCAUCGACUCAAAGUUUCUGUCUCUCUUCUCUGAUGACGUAAACCUGCCCCUAGGAAACACAUCACUAGUACCCUUGAGUAAAGCCAGUCAUUAUAAGAAAGGGACUGAGUCACAUCCUGCGGACAUGCUCAAAGAAGAUCCCAGAGACAACAUCUAUAAAGUCCAUCUUCUGCCUAUGAAUCGGGUGCACAGUGUCCUUCCCAGCUGCGCAUAUAAGCCCAGUUACCUGGUGGAGGGAUACCCACUACAACGAUACCAGGGACUGCAGUUUGUUCGCCUCACAUAUGUGUAUCCUAAUGAUUACACACGGCUCAGUCACAUGGAGAAGGACAACGAGUGCAUGUACCAGGAGAACUUUCAGUACAGAGACAGGCUGAGAUAUAAUAAAUAUAUGAAGGUAGAGAGACCACAGUCUGGACCUGCUGAUCACCCAGGUUGGCCGGAGGACUACAACCCCUCUGAUUUCCAGUAUGAAGACAACGAGAAUCAGUUUGUUGACAGAGAAGAACAGGAAGAACCAAGUGAAGAUGACACAAUAAGACAGAGAAAGCUUUUCCUUGUAGCAGAGGAAAACAAACUACCAAGUCCCUUAGAACCUAAUCACUGGAGGACAAGGCAACCCCAAGAAAACAUUGGAAAUAUGGACAUAGAAAGUCUCAAAACCCCAGAUUCCAAAAGAUCCAACAAUCUUAUAAGCCAUCCCCCCACAAUUAAACAAGAGCACCAGAAAAUCCCUGCCCUUAGUAAUUCCAGACCUCGAAGGAGGAACCACACCUUCUUCACAAACACAGACCAUGUGACCCAUGGCCAAGGUCCAUCUGAGGCAGAGAGAAACAAAUCAGAUAUAUCAAGGAAAAAGGAAAGUCAAAACCAAAAUCUACGAAGAAAAAAAAAGUCCAUAAAGGUGCAAAAUGAUGGUAGACAAAGGAACACUCCACAGGAGUCUACCCUACAUAAGAUACACAGUAUACAAAAUAUGAAUUACAGGAAGGAGGAUUCUUAUGCAAGACAAGGCUUAAACUUCCAAAAACUAGGCCAAGAAUUGGAUGGGAACAAGACAGAAGAGUUACAAGCAGGAGAAAAAUUACAACAUAAGUCUAAAAUAGCAAAAGGAGCCAGACAAGGUCUCCAUCCCCGUCAUGAAAGGAAGGUACCAGGCAAAAUGCAGAGACCCAACUGGGUUGAGGAAAAUACACUUAAGCUGAAAAUACAUGAAAAUGUGACAGCAGACAAUGAACAGAUCCUGGAUUCUCAAAUAAACCAUAUAAAGGAAAAGAACUUAGGACAAGUUGAUAUGAAGGUGCAACAUAAUGUUGUGGGUGACAAUCCAGUGCCAGAAGGAAAUGCUAGGAAGGAACAGAUGCCCAAAUUUAAUCAGUUUAUACAUCUGGGAUCUCAACUAUAUCAUAGCCCAGUUGAGAAUGCAACAUUUACACUUAAUCAGGACUAUAUAUCUUCUAGGAGACCACAACCUGGUAAGCAAGUAAGGCCAGAGCCUCAAGAUGAAACAAUUGAGGGGGGAAAUCGAGAACAUGAAAAUCAUGAAGAGAGAAUACUUCAGAAUCAGCAGAUAGGCUUGGAAGAAAAUGUUGAGAAAAACCAAGACCUUGAACCAAUAGAGCUUGUAGGACAGAGAAUGCAGCAACAAGUAGAAAACCCACCAAUAACUGAUUAUUAUCAGGAUAGAAAACAAAGACUUGACAAAGUAGAGAAGAUGGUCCACGUGACACCAGUUGAAAGCAAAAACGUAAAUGGAAUUUUUGUUGGACACCAAGAUGUAGAACUGGGCCAAGAAGAAGAAGCUCAAACUCAAUACAAAAUGGAAGAUGAGAAGCGAAAAUCUGUAAUGGGAGAAAACCAAAUACAACAACAACCUAACUCGGACAAAUAUGCAGAGGAAAAUCCAUAUCGUAAUGAUCCGGACGAGCAAGGUCAUCAGCUGUAUAGGGAAGAUGAUCCUGAGGAAGAGGAUGAGGAAGCUGAUGAGCUUGAAUAUCCCUUUGUUUUUGAGCACCCUGUGUUCUGGAAUCGGACUUUCCAUGUGAGUCAGACAGAUUUCCAGGUUCUCAGGUCAGACUACAUUGAUCUACAGUGUAAUACAUCUGGGAAUCUCCAGUUGAAAGAGAGUGAAGCCCUGAUCAUAGUUGGAUCAUUUAUGAAGAAGCUCAACCAAUGGCAUCGAGGAAUGUACAAAUUCCAGAGGAUUAUUAAUAUUGAGAAACGUCUGGACUACGUACGUGGGAGUCGAUAUUUCCUGGACUUGGAACUUAAAGACAGAUACAACCGUCGUGUGAGAUUCGCUCAUUAUGUCUUUGCCCCUGGAUGGACUGGCCUUACUAAGGAGUUGAAGGAGCAGGAGAGGGACAUGAAGCUUCGGAUGUGGGGGCCACGUCGGAGGUUAAUGGGGACCGAGAGGCAUAUUGAGUUGUGCUGGCCUACUGGCCUGGUCUGGAACCCACAGGCUAUGGUCUAUUUUAUAGUCCCAGUGAAAAACCAAGCUCGCUGGGUGCAGAAGUUUAUCUGGGACAUGGAAUCUUUGUACCAGGCCACAGAAGACCCUAAAUUCAGUGUCAUUGUUGUGGACUUUAGCAGCACUGACCUGGAUGUCCGGGAUGCCUUGAAACGAUCACAUUUACCCAGAUACCAAUUUGUACAACUCGAAGGGAACUUUGAGCGUUCUGCAGGCCUACAGGCUGGCAUAGAUCUGGUGAAGAACCCUCACAGUAUCCUCUUCCUGUGUGACCUUCACAUGCAUUUUCCUCCAUCAAUUAUUGACUCGGUGCGGACUCACACAUUAGAGGGUAAGAUGGUGUAUGCCCCCAUGGUAAUGAGGCUGAACUGCGGUGCUUCUCCUCGAUGGCCUGAUGGAUAUUGGGAAGUGAAUGGAUUUGGCCUGCUGGGAAUUUACAAGUCAGACCUGGAUCAUAUUGGGGGAAUGAACACUGAAGAAUUUCGGGAGAGAUGGGGAGGAGAAGACUGGGAGCUGCUGGAUAGGAUUCUUUAUGCUGGAUUGGAGGUUGAACGGUUGGCGGUCAGGAACUUUUACCACCAUUUUCACUCCAAGCGUGGCAUGUGGAACCGCCGGACAGCACCAAGUGCACAGCAGAACGUAUAAACAAUAUUGCACCUAUUAGAGCAAGUAUGAGGAGUUUUAUAUGGAGUUUGGAAACCUUGCUCAUUGCGGGUAUGUUUGAUGCUUUUUGCCCUUAGUGGGUAAUAGUCACAAGACACAUUGUGGAGCAGAGAACUUUGUACAGCUGAUCUAGACCCAUAGCCAGGACUUUCCAGUAUGACCGAUCGGACUGAACCAGUUGGAUUAAGUUGAUACUUGGAUCUUGAAGAAAUAUAUGAGGCGUGCUUAGAGCCUGCAUAAAGUGCCUUAUGUGGAAUAUGCACUUUUAUAAGACUUGUUCACUAUGUUCGUAGAAUAGUACACCAUAGUGUAUUGUAAUGGAACAGCAGGAACUCAUGUAUGCUGUGUCAGUUAAUUAUUCCAGCCUUCAUAGAAGACAAUGGAGAAAUAACCAGAACUGUUAUAAUAAAAUACAGUAGUUUUGUAUGGACAA